UGCCGUACGCUGAUCCUUAGAGCUCUGAUGGUGAUAUAGAUUGACUAUUCUCAAGCCCCGCCGCCCGCUCUUCAGCUUGCUAGCUCGCCCGCCAGUCGCCACACUCCGCGCCACUUCCAUUCCUGCGUAUCAGUCUCUAGCUCUAGUAUCAUAUCAGCGGUGUAGAAAGUGCAGUGUAUUUCUUAUUGCUUUGUGAUUAUGGUCUUUUCUCUCACUUUCCUAUAUAAAGAAGGGGUUUAGGAUAUUUGGGAAAGUAAUUAGCCUCUCUCUCUCUCUCUCUCUCUCUCUCUCUCUCUCUCUCUCUCUCUCUCUCUCUCUCUCUCUCUCUCUCUCUCUCUCUCUCUCUCUCUUUCUGUUCAUGCUUUUUUUUUGUGUGUGUUUUCUUUUCAGCAGAAAGAAUGUUGCAGGUGGAGGAAUGCAGGCGUUCAAUGUCCAUGUGAAAGAAACAAACUGUACUGGAGUGCGCACCGCCGCCAGAGUUCUGUGUCGAAGUCCAUCCAAGUGAGUUACCGAAGACGAGACGCGCUCCGAACUUGACUCACUACAGCAGUACCUCGCCGUCAGAAGCUGAGACGACACCCACCCACCUACCCAUCUGACCACUCCCAUUCACGCCGCCCGCUCUUCACACGGCCCGCCCACCCGUCCCGUCACGUUAUUCUACUUCCCCGCCACGCCCGCCGCAGCAAUGUCCAUCACCCAUACACGCUUAAGGGAAUACAGCGGAGGGGGCGGAGGCGGCGGGGGUUGUGGCGGAGACGGGGAGAAGAAGCGGCGGCAGCACUGCACCUACUGCAAGAACCACGGCGAACACUCCCGCAAGACCAACCACAAGUGCAAGUAUGAAAACUGCGAUUGCCUACUGUGCAAACUGACCCGCCUGAGCCGCCUCAUUAUGCGCCACCAACAGCGACUGUGGCGCCACCUCAAGGACACACGCAGGAGGGAGGACGCCGCCGAGGCCGCUUCAGGAGGUGACUCGGUGCCAUACGGCGGAACUGGCAUGCCUACCAGCACCAAGCAGCAGAAAUGUGACAUGUGCAGGAACCACGGCAAGAUCACGGAGAAGCGAGCCCACAAGAACGCCUGCCCCUUCCAGAACUGCCGCUGUGCCCUGUGCGAUCUCACCAUGAAGCGACGGAACAUCAUGCGUCACCAGCAGCGCGUCCGGAGGUCGCAGGUGACGAGCAAACAACACAACGAGGCUUACGAGUACGUGACGCAGACCACAGAGGAGCUCGCCCAACUCUCAGACUCCCUGCGUGACACCUCCAUCUCCACCACCUCCACCACCACCACCCCUUCCACCCCGCCCAACGCCACCACACCGAUCUCCCACCCCACCCCCGCCACGCCCCAGGCACCACCACCCAUCAUCGUCCCGUCUGUCUCCUCAGUCUCCCCGCCCUCCUCUCUGUCGCCCUCCCCGCUGUAUUCCAUCACGCCCACCUCCACCGUCACCAGCCCGUCCUACAAGGAUGUUCAGCCAAUGGAAAGCUUGGAAAAAGGCGGCUACGUGCCGUGCAUGCCGCGCUCCCUGAUGGUGCCUGAGCCGCGGGGGUGGCCCCCCGUUGAUCCCUUCCUCCACUACGAAACGGAGCCUCCCCCCCUCGAUGGUGGGGGUUUCCAGCCUUUGGGCGGGGCGAACCGGGCCUUCAAGAGAGAGAGGGAGGAGAUGCCAAGCUGCGUGCCGGCACACUUUGGAGACACGAAUCUCUUCAGGGAUCUGGAUUUCAUGCGGGGCAACCCCCUCAUUGCCCGGGACAACUGUGUCAGGAGUAUGAACCUUCACGCCUAUGACAGCAUGACCAACAUUCUCGACAUUGGGGCUUACCGCGACCCGGCAUUCCAGACACCCCCUCCCCUCCUCCCGCCCACUACGGCGCCACAGAAAAAGUCUCGCUUCACGCUCACCUCUGAGGACUUGCACAUGAGCUACAGGCGCGGCUUCUGGGGAGGUGCCCAGGCAGAGGCUGGUUUUGCUCAUCGCGAUGAUCUUCCUCUGCCUUACCGGAGGCUGACGCCCGCCGAGUCUGCUGAAGUGAGAAUGAGGUCACCGCCGGCGCUCAUUCCUCUCCCACAGACCCAGCCGGUGAGGCCUCAGCCUGUCUCUCCGCUGCGACCCCCAGGCCUCCAUCCCGGCAUGGAGUGGGACCCCGUCACUCUGCCAUGCCUGGCCUACUCCCUCCUUCAUACUCGGACUUACACGCGCGCUCUGCCCCCGCCACACUUCAGUCUGUCCCAAGUGACACCUCUCCUCCACCCAUCUGUUCCCUAAUACUACUCCCUCUGCCCAAGUCCCUCCUCUUCUGUCGCGCUGGAACACUGCAUAGGUCUGACUGGAGCUGUACUAUACACAUACCCUGGCCAGCCUUCGCCACGCGGAGGAGGCGGCAUCCCACUGACUCACCUGUCACCACCUGACGCCUCGUGAAUACACAGUCUGGCAUUCCCCUCUGCUGAAAGACUUCGCCAGGUUCUUCAAUCACUUCAAAAACACGAUAAACUAACAAACAGUCCCUACACGCAUCCUUCACAAGAACACUGCAGCCCACGUGUUUGGUGUGUGUCUCGCCACCUAUCGGUCUGUCACGCCGCAGUACUUCAAUAUGGCGAGAUACGGCAGCACCUUAACCUUGUGAAUGUAGCAUUGCUGCCACACACACACACACACACACACACACACACACACACACACACACACACACAGUAAAUAUUGUUCUAUAGUAGUUGUUUUGUAUAUAAUGUGUUAUCUGAUAUUUUCAUAUUUUAUCAUUAUACUUGUGAGAUUAGGUAUGGGAGAGAUGAAGCAGAGCAGGGAGAAGCGUUGCCUUCACACAAGUGGCGGUGCCCGAGCCAGCGUGAAGCGUGGUGGGUGGGUCACGGCAGCGGGCUCGCUGUGUGAGGCUCCCACCCCUGAGAUGGCUGAAGGCCGACUCGCCUCACUAGUUCAGUCAAUUAUUUAUGUCACUCAUCUGUUAAACAUAAGCGCAAUACUCAAAAGUCAAUUCGUCACUGUUUGCACACUUACCAUAACACUACGAAACAAGAUUGAACAUGUGCACAAUAACUAUGCAUUUGGAAAUUGUGGAAAUAUAAUUCAGCUCUUUAUGUGACGCUGCCAGGCCAUGCAGGCCAGGUGUCUGUCUGUACCUGACGCGGCAGAAGGUUCCUCCCUGGCUGGAAGGAAUGUGUGCGAUGUGGCUGGGGUGAGGCUGGCUGAGUCACUUAUGUGUGGUGCUUAAAGAGUGUUGGUUCCGGCAGUCGCUUAAGUAAUACCGAGUCACUGACAUGAUGUGCUGUUGGUUGAAAUGUGAUAUAGGUGUUAAGGAAGAUAGUUAAUAAGAAGAAUAGUGUAGUAACUUUUGACUACUUGGUUCUUUUCUCGUUCGGCAAACAUGUUAGUUGUCAUUACCGUGACUGACGUUAUCUUACCACGAAGGCCCGUAUUCUGAAGCGCUUCGGUGUCAUGAUUCGAAUACUUCUAACAUGCUGCAAUGGGAAAGUUUUCAAUGGUGUUUUCAAGCUUCUAGUGAUAGUUUAACAAGAAUUCUGCAACAUCAGUAAGAAAACACCCUCGAAAACUUAAAACCAGUCAUUUCUGCAGUCUUUGGAAAAUAGCCCUGAUGAAAUAAGUUCGAACUUUUUAAGAAUACGGGCCAUAGAAGAGUAAGGCCGAAAACAGAAGCGAAUCCAGGCAUCUGAAGCAGACGUCAGGUGUAGCAAUAUAUGUAAUACCACCGGUACCUUCGCCGCGGGUUCGCUGAUCCACCACCACGCCGUACCGUACGUAGUGUUAGAGAGAAAUUUAGUGGAUUAGUGAAAAUUUGCUGUCUAAGUCUACAUAACAUUUUUGUGGUACAGGUUGAAGCUUGAAGUUCAUCUCCGCCUUGGAAAGAAGUGUUGUCAGAUGUUUGGUUGCGUCACGCUAUGCUAACGUGUACCGCUGCCCCAAGAACACAUGUACAGGCCAAUGAAUUCUGUGUUUGUCAGUGCAAAAGUAAAGACGGGGACACGCUAUAGCUGCCUCUGUUUCCCUGGACUGUGAACCUGUGAUGGGUGAAUCAUUUACCCCCCCUCCCACCCCGACACACUCUCACUAAGACAUCCGGGUUUCCACAGGUUAUCUUCCCCGUGUUUCCGCAGGGUAUCUAACGGACAGCCUGGGGAAAGAUGAACAGCUGGGUGAGAUGUGAGAUGACAGGAAUUUAUAUUCCAUAAUGAAUUAUAAAUCCAUUAAAAGAACAGGAAGAAAAACAGUUGAGGGAGAAAAUAGAGGGUAGGACAGAGGGAAGACGAAGGGAUGGAAUAGGGAUAUAGAACUGCAAAGGAUAGGAGCCAGAGAAGGGUAAAAACAACUGGAGCAGACUGGUAGGUAAGUGACUAGACCAGGGAAGCGGCGAAAGUAGGAAGUAAAAACAAUGAACUGAUUGACAAUAAGAACUCUGCAAAGACGAACAAAAAUCGAACGGUGGGGGGAGUGGUUUCGUCAGGUACGCCAGCCACUGCACCACAAAGAAGUUUCUAUACUGUAGUGAACUACUUUGUAUAUAACCCCUUCAGUACUGAGAUUAAUGUUUGUCCACGAUUUUUUCGGUUCGAUUAGACUACUUUAUUCACAUUAGAAAGAGUCUAUGGAAGUCAAAAGAUUAAUAGCCAGAGUCUUUACUAUUUUAAUCCCCACAGAAGUUUCUGAAGCUGUAUAAAGUCACUAAAUAAUAAGCAGAAUGAAUAUGAAAACACAGCAUGGUACUGAAAGGAUUAAGAGCUUCUAACGAUCAAGUAGCGACAGAUGGAGACAGAGGAGAUUGUUGCAGGAGUUACCCUUUGUUGGAUGAUUUAAGGGGUCUCGCGUAACAUUUUCUUUGGGCAGCAGUACAUGACAAGCUUGCGGGUCUUCUUGGCUCCACCUGCAGAAGGGACCGGCGCCGACCUUUAUUAGUCUCGCUGCGGCCUUUUGUCAGUUAUUAGGAUCUGAAGUUCAUAUUCUUGUCCUUUUGAAUCUAAUUUAAGAGAUUGAAGUUUAUAUUCCCUUUACAGUUCCUUUUGGGCGCUUAAUUCUUGUGAAGUGUGAAAUUAAGGGAAGGAAGCUGAGUGGAGUGAGGAGUGACAGUUAACAUUGGCCUCGCUUUCAUAACCCGUACGCACAGUUUGUACAGCACAGUCGUGGUCAGAAGUCGAGUAACACACUGCAUUCACUGCCACUGUGCUGAAGAGUUCUCCCUCAUCAAGCCAUCUACUGUUUAUUAGAAUAUAACGGAAAAAAAACAUUCCUGUGAGUCAAGGUUAAUGGAAAUCCUCUAAAGAUAAGAUAACCAGUCGCUGCAUGAAAAUUAUCUCCCGAUCUCCAAUAUAUCUUUCUAUCCCCAAGAUCUUGUGGUAUCUGGAAUGAAAUUAAAGCAUCCUAUAGUCUGAAGCGGUUAAUUCCUUUGAUAUGCUAUACGAAUCUGCCAUUUGACAGGUUUUGGAAGGAAACUUAUCAGAUCUGAUACUUUCCAUUGAAACAAGACCCAAAAACAGUGGGAAUGCGUGUAGCAGGUGACUCGGUUUGUGACCUCCACUGAUUGUUGUUGAUCAUGACGCACGCCACUGGUCUGUAUCUAUUCUAUGAAGCAACCGAUGAGUCCGAUAGUUACAUGUUUUUGUUAGGGGGAGAUUCCGUCAAGUGAUUUUAUGUAAGAUGGUCUCCCUACAUUAUCGAAUUGUACGAAUUUCUGUUACUGCACCGUACAUAUUACUAGACUGCAUUCUUGUACGCUUUGCCGUCUUGCCACGACUAAUUUGAACUGACUAGAGGAAGUUAUGGUAGUUUUCAAGGAUACAUUCAUGAUCACUGAUAGUUUACCGAGGAUACGGAUUUUUUUCGAUGGGGAAAAACACACGCUUACUCUCAACAGACUCUAGUGAAAGUUAUGGAAAUUUUCAAGGAUGCAUUCUUGACUCUGGUGAUAGUUUAAAGAUUCCACACCACCUGAGAAUCCAGCUACUCAUCUCCGCGUUGCAAAUAGUCGUGAUGAGAGCACAAAGCGUUUGAGAAUGCGACCCAUUAUCUCAUGAAUGAGUGUUCAAUAUGAAUGUCCAAACUCAGUUGCGGAGCGCUGGGCAGAAGCAAAUUAAUACAGUUCCCGCAUCACUUGCCUUCGUCUUCACAGAUGAACUCCUGGUGUCCAUUUUCUCACUGUUCUAGGAAUGUAUUAUGGUUGUCGUCAACAAAAUAAAGCUGGUUCGUGUU